CCAACCAGCGAACCACAGAUUGAAGGUGCUGGGAGACGACCUCGUGUCAUCAACAACAGACUGCAAGGAAUUUGGAAGACAUAAUCAAAAUCAACCCAUCUAACCAUGUAUUCCAGGAACAGGAAUUACAAAGCAGAAUUGGAAGCAUGCUGCCUCGAGGCUGUACCUUUGGAAUUUGGCGACUUUCACCCACUGAAACUUAUCACUGUCACGGAGUCAAAGACUAAGAAAGUCGUUCGUAAAGGAAGUACCUCGUCUACCUCUUCAUCGUCCUCGAGUUCGAUGGUGGAUCCUUUGAGCAGCAUGCUGGAUGGCAGUGAUCCUCUCUCACAGUUUGCUGCAUCAGUGGAUCCUCUGACACCUGCAGCCAUGACAGCAGGAAAAAGCAACAUCAGUAUGGAUCCUGGUAAAAAGCAGCGUGACAGAGAAGAGGAUACAGCAGUAGGGGAUGACUUCGAACCAUGGUCUGGAAAACGCAGCUAUAUACUAUCACGAUACACAACCACAGAGAAGCUUUCCAUCAAUUUGUUUAUGGGAUCUGAGAAAGGUAAAGCCACAAGUCCUGGAUCUGCUGUUUCUGAAAAAGUGAGGACUCGUUUAGAAGAGUUAGAUGAUCUGGAGGAGGGGUCUCAAAAAGAGCUGUUAAACUUAACUCAGCAGGAUUAUAUAAACAGGAUUGAAGAAUUGAAUCAGUCGCUGAAGGACGCAUGGGCCUCGGAUCAAAAAGUGAAGGCACUGAAAAUAGUUAUUCAGUGUUCAAAGCUGCUCUCCGAUACCAGUGUGAUCCAGUUUUACCCAAGCAAAUUUGUUUUGAUCACUGAUAUUUUGGAUACUUUUGGUAAACUAGUGUAUGAGCGGAUUUUGUCCAUGUGUGCAAGUAAUCGAGUUUCCCUUCCUGGAGUCUCUACGCCAGAUAACUUUGGUCCAGAUGAAGUGAAUGAAACUGCAAAAGAAACUUGUCUGAACUGGUUCUUCAAGAUUGCCUCAAUCAGGGAACUCAUUUCCAGAUUUUAUGUGGAGGUGGCCAUAUUAAAAUGUAACACAUUCCUUUCUAAAACUGGUAUCUCUGAGACUCUUCCUCGGUUGACCACUAUGAUAAGAGGCAUUGGUGAUCCAUUGGUCGCUAUCUAUGCAAGAGCAUAUCUUUGCAGGGUUGGAAUGGAAGUGGCACCACAUUUGAAAGACAACUUGAAUAAGAAUUUUUUUGAUUUCCUCUCCACAUUUAAACAAAUUCAUGGCGAAACAGUUCAGAACCAGCUGGCUGUGCAGCGGGUAGAAAUUCCAGUAUACCUUACACUGUACACUCCUGCUAUAGACUGGAUUCUUCAAUGUAUUGCGUACAGAGCACCUGAGGCUUUACUUACAGAAAUGAUGGACAGGUGCAAGAAACUUGGAAACAAUGCUUUGCUGUUGAACUCUGUAAUGUCAGCAUUCAGACCGGAAUUCAUUGCAACAAGAUCUAUGGAUUUCAUUGGCAUGAUAAAGGACUGUGAGGAAUCUGGUUUUCCAAAGCAUCUUCUUUUCCAAUCCCUGGGGUUGAACUUGGUUUUGGCUGAUCCUCCUGAGAAUGACAGGCUGCAGAUUCUCAAUGAAGCCUGGAAGGUUAUUACCAAACUAAAGAAUCCCCAGGAUUACGUUAACUGUGCUGAGGUUUGGAUAGAAUACACAUGCAGGCAUUUCACAAAGCGAGAAGUCAAUACUGUGUUAUCAGAUGUCAUUAAGCAUUUAACUCCAGACCGAGCUUUUGAAGAUGCUUAUCCACAGCUUCAAUCAAUUAUAGCAAAAGUACUAAAUCAGUUCCAUGAUUUUGCAGUUUUAUUUUCAAUGGAGAAAUUCCUACCUUUCCUGGAUAUGUUCCAAAAAGAAAGUGUCAGAGUGGAAGUCUGCAAAUCUAUUAUGGAAGUUUUUAUUAGACAACAGCAAGAACUAACCCGUGACCCUGUCAUUCUUAACGCUCUGAUGCAUAUUUGCAAGACGAUGCACGACUCUGUCAAUGCUUUGACAUUGGAAGAUGAAAAAAGGAGUUUGGCUAUUCUAAUCAGUGGAUUUAUAAGAAUGGUUUCAUUUGGUCGAGACUUUGAGCAGCAGCUAAGCUUUUAUGUGGAAGCCAGAUCAACAUUCUGCAACUUGGAGCCUGUUCUUAUCCAGUUGACCCAUGAAAAGAUAAAGAUGGUUGUGAACAUGCAAUGCUUGUGUUUCUUUGUGAAGAGUGUGAAUCAGCUUGCGAUGGAAACGAGGCAAGUUAUGAAAGGCAAUCAUUCCAGAAAGACAGCUGCAUUUGUGAGGGCUUGUGCUGCAUAUUGCUUCAUUACCAUUCCGUCGUUGACCAGCAUCUUUGCACGCCUUAAUCUCUAUUUGCACUCAGGACAAAUUGCUCUCGCAAACCAGUGCCUUUCACAAGCUGAUGCCUUCUUUAAAGCUGCAAUCAGUCUUGUUGCAGAAGUACCGAAGAUGAUAAACAUAGAUGGGAAGAUGAGAACUUCAGAAGGGUUUCUUCAAGAGUUCCUUAGUAACUUCUUUUCCACGUUAUUGAUAGUGCCUGAUCAUCCAGAGCAAGGUGUCCUAUAUUUAGUGAGAGGCCUUUUGAAUGUGAUCCAGGACUACAUUUGGGAAGAUCACACUGAUUCGAAAGUGCGAAUCUACAUAAACGUUUUACAUUUGCUGGCUGCAGCAAGUCAAGAAACUUACCUCUACCAUGUAGAUAAAGUUGAUUCCAAUGAUAACCUCUACGGAAGUGACCCCAAAUUCUUGGCUGAAAUUAAUAAGCUAUCUGAAACUCUGAUUGGACAAAUCUUGGACCAUCUCAAGACUCUUGGAAAAGAUGAGACUUUGAAGCGACAGAGUGCCUUGGCCUUAUCCUUGUUUAACAGUAUUGUUAUCCAUGGAGACCUGCAGAACAAUAAACUUAAUCAACUAGCAGUAAAUUUAUGGAAUCUCGCCCAAAAACAUGGGUUUGGUGACACCAAAAUCAUGGUGAGAACAUUAGAACACAUCAAACAUCAAAGUAAACAACCAAACAUGAGUCAUUUUGCAGAAUUAAUGUUGAGGCUCCCACUCCAAUCACGGACAUAAUACUGCCACUUGUUUGUACUACAGAAAAGUACAACUGCCGUCGACAGAUGAUGUCUGCUUUUAAUAUAGAGAAAAAUCUCUUUAAAUAUACCAAGUUCAUAACUUUAACACUGAUUAUAAGUGACUAAUCUGUUUUUCUUUGCCUUGUAAAAAAUGCAUGUAAGGUUAGAGCCAUACGCAAAAUCGAGGUGCAUCCUCAUUUUUCCACAUGAUAGAUUCUCAGUGUUUUUUUUAUUAUGGGAAGGACCAGGUAAAGUUUGGGCCAUUCAGUACAGGGAGAAAAUGAGGAUUAGUCCUGAUGAUGGUUGUUGUGUACUUUCUACUGAUCAGCAUCAGAGCACAAUGAGCAGGUUGUCUCUGUUUCUUCUACACCUGGUACAGUCCAAUAAGACCCAAGAAAUUAAGGGACAAAUACCUAUUUUUAAGUAUUGAAUUAUUGUUGGUAUCUAAAAUAUUGAGUUAAGUGGACACUAUAAUUAGCAUUUGAAACAUCUUGAAAUUAAAAUUGAUAAUCUUGAUCAAGGUAUCUUUACUAGGAAGCAGAAGAUUGGCCAAGGAAAUUGUCAAUCAGCUGGCUGAAAUUUAUCAUGUUUCAGUUCAUUACAUUGUACCGUACAUUUAUCCAAUACCCUUAUGUAACCUGUACAAGAGAUUUGAAUAAUUUCUUUCCCCACCCCAGUACUCUACUGUUUGCUGGUUUUUGGUCCUUUAGUUGAAAUUUUAAGCUUGUAAUUUGGCAGUGGAGACUUGUUUUGAUCACUCAAGUGGAGAUAGAGUAGGAUUUUUUUUAGACUUCUGCAAGUUGUUCAUCUUCACGUAUUUUCUUUCCAUGAAUGUAAAUAGUCUUGUAAUUGAUCACCACAGCCAUCAUCAAAGAUGUCGAGUGAUUACCUAUGAGUAAGUAUUAGAAUAACUGGUUUCUUUGGCCUUUAUUUCCUGGAGCGUUCCAACUGGUGUUUCAGCUGAGAGCUGUUGAACUUUGCUCAGUUGAAGCAUUCAGGUUGGACAGUAGACAGCCAGGAGGCUUAUGCACUUGUGUAGGGCGCUCAGAAAGAUGUAAUAUCUUGAGCUGGUGGAUUAUCUUCUUUUUGGAGGAAAUAUUUUUUUCCAGUUAUCUGAAAAUGUGUUUUCAUAUACAGGCUUACAAUUUCACUACAAAUUAGGAACAGAGGGAAUCCUUUCUCCCUGUCAUUUCGGAGAAAGUUGAGCAAAUUUCCUUUUUGGCAGUGGUACAUGAGCUUGAAAUGAUUUUCAAAUUUCUGCUUAUUGGAAGAUAUUUAGUAAAAGGCACUUUUUGGAAAAUACUUUAACUCCCUUUCAUGUAGUAAACAUUUUUGUUUUCUAGAUCAAGGACCAGAAUUGAUGCUUUAAAAAUAAAUUGUCAACUAAAGCUGGUGAAUAAGUAUAUAUUGUAUCAGCUAUCAUAUUUAAUCUGUUUUAAAACUGACUUAAAGCAAACAAAAAUCAUGUCUUGUAUCUGUGAUAAUAGAAGCAAAUUGGUCAGUGCCAUUCUGUUGAAUCUUGUGUCAAAUUCAAAGUGAUGUAUAGUGCAUAACAUGAUCUUAUAUAAAACAUAACAUCUGUUUAGCUAAUGUAAAAUGACAAAACCAGUUCUGUGCAUACAAAAAAUAAACCCAUGUUUAUUACA